UUUUUUUUUCCUUCUUCUUUCUUCUUCUUCUUUUUUAUUUUUUUCUUUUCUUUCUUUAUCUUGUUAUUCGGUUUUACUAUAGAAGCCUACUGAAUAAGUCAAAUAUCUUUUUUUAUUCUUGAUAUUCAGUAGCGUGUUUGAAGGAAAUCAAGCUCAACAAUGGGUCCUGACACAAAACUUAUAUUGAGCUUAGUGAACCGUAUUACUGUUCGUUUACCAAGUAACAGUGGAAAGAAAUUAGAUUCUCUCGAAAAUGAUCCACUUGUUCAACAAACUGUAACCGCUUUGAUAGAACUUUCCAAGUAUCGAUUACCAACAAUAGCAAGUACCAUUGUCACUGUUAUUGAAAACAUAUGCAAGUCUCCUUCUAUUACAGACGAAUAUAUACCUAGUGAUGUUCUUCAAUCUCAACUCUUUCUCCUUCGUUUAUUCGCGGAUUGUAUGAAUCAUCAUUGGCAAUUUGUACGAAAAUCCAGUAAACCACCAACAACUGAACCCAUUCACUAUACUUCUUCAGAUACUGGCAGUAAUCAUAGUAGUACAACCAAUGGAAUGCCAAAAUCAACAAACGAUGGUUUUUUACCUCCUGAACUUCAAGAUCCACCAGCAUUAGAAGAAGGUCUUGCAAAAUAUAUUGUUUCCAUUAUGUCUCGUUUUAUGCAUCAAAUGUCUUUUAUGGAAGAAAGGGAAAAUGGUACAUCUCAUACAACAAAUAUCUCAAGGACAGAAUAUUACACAUCAACAAGUGUAUCCAGUACGUCUUCUGAUAUCAUAGUAGAUAUUUAUAAAGCAGCAAGUCGAGUUAUCUUUUAUAUCAGUGCAAGCAAUUGGCAUACCUUAUUUAUCAAGAUUAAAACUAGAAUGACAUAUCUUACUACAACUCUAGACGAAAACCCUAACUUUGCCGAUCUUCGAUUAUUAGAGUGUUGUGCUCUCAAUUCAAAACGAUUAAGUGCUAUCCUUAUUGAAUUUUGUACUGCCUUUCUUCAUUUGAAAAAGACAUCUCAAUUAAUGGCUGCUGUGGUUUUACGUCGGGCUAUAUGGGGUUGGAUCGAAAAUUAUCCUAUGGAAUUUAUACGACUAUGUCAAAGUCAAAAACGUUUAGAAGGUGGCCCUGAAGUUUUAUUUGAUAUUUGUAAUACAUUGGCUGAUACUACUAGAAAGAAGGCAAUCCUUUGGCCAUUACAAACCUUAUUAUUGAUUUUAUGUCCUGAUCUCUUAUUGGCUGCUGCUAUCUCAGAAAGUCGAGGUAUUAGUACGAAGAAGACUGUUUUCUUGACUGCCCUCAGAAAAUCUCUUAAAGGUGGUCGUACAGCUGAUCUUGCUGCCAUAUGUUAUGUUGAUAUUUGUAAAGCUGCAACUUAUGUACCCAAGGAUAUGUCUAUCGCCCUUCGUCACAUUGUACCGGAUAUCGAAAAUGAACUCAAGCAAAAAUUAUUCGAUAUACAACAACCAUUGAUCGCUGAUAGUCUUGUCUCUAAUCUUGGAAUCAUCAUUGAUCAUCGCUGUUUAUUGGCUGAUUGUUUGGUGGCAAUGUUUCGUCUUAAUCCACGUAGUGUUCUUCGAAAUCUAUUUCCAACAUGUCUAUCUGAACGUGCACCUACAUUAUUCAAGAUGAGUCUGGUCAAAGCUUGUCUCGCUAUUACCUCUGAAGAAUAUGGAUUACCUUGGAAUCCUACAUCAGCUGCUCUUUAUGAUCUCAUGGGUGGCCCUCUUCGUAAAUUACUAUUGGAUGUGACAAGUCGUGAAGUUGUUGCCAAAUCUGAAAUCAGUAAUCUCACCAACUCGACAACAGGAAGGAAAACAAAUAUCAUUAGUGCCGCAACGGACAAGAAAAAGAAGGAAGUACUACAACGAAACGACACAGGAAACGAUAGAUUGGAAUUGAUAUUGGAUAUAUUACGACUUUAUCAAAAUGACCCUAUGCUUGCCAUACGUGGUGAUUGUGAAGAUCGGUUUGAACAAAAUGCUGCUACAAUGGUGGCUAUGGCUCACUGUUUACGGGAAAAUAGUAUAGUUGUUCGAGACGCUGCUGCUGAAUGCCUUUUCAAGUUACACUCAUCGGAAGCCAUAUCAGAAUGGGGAAAUGGAGAUCAAUUCAUGGAAGCAUUUUGGAAGAUUUCUUCUCAAAUCUUGUUUACUGUGGCCAAACAAUUACUGGAUAAUCGGGAAAGGAAUGAUAGUUUGAAGAAACUAUUGGAUUUAUUAAAGAAACUUUUGAUAUGUAGAAAUGACUUUUUGACUCUUCAUCAAGAUAUUACUAUGCGUGGAUCUGAUGUACGGGAAAGAUUACAGGCAUCUAUUGGUUUAGAAGUGGCUCUACUUGUCCUAUUGUGUUCCGCCGAUCCUGAUAUUUGUGCAGCAGCUACGGCAUGUUUUGGUCAUCUAUGUGUGGAAGCUCAUAUUACCGAAAGCACAGAAGAUCCUCGUCAAGCGUCAUUGACCAUUGUAGAAAAUCUACCUGUCUAUAUUGAAAUGACAUCAAACACUGGCAUUGUGGCUGGACGCAAAUCUCAACAAAAACGAAUCAGACGAUUAUUACGAAUGAUGGCGCAUUACGCUCCAGGAAACUUGGCUGCUUGGGAAGAAGCUUGGAAACGAUGGAAAUAUAUGACACCAGCAAUGAUUCGGCCUCACGAAGAGAAUAAGGAUGAAAGUGUGGAUAGCAAAAAAGGGGCUCAGGCAUGGCAUGACAAAUUACGGGCAAAUCGACAAACAAUGAAUGUGAAUGUGACUAAUCGAACAGAUGGAUUGGAUGAUGACAAAUCUACAGAAUGGCAAAACUACGCUGGAUUCCUGGCAUCCUUGGGUGGUAUCUGUUUGAUGGCAGAUGGAUCACCUACUUCACCUGCUUCACCUGGUCCACGCUCAUUCAACGAUCCACCACAUUUACGACGUGUUUCAUCCCCUUCUGAAUCAGCAAUCAUGGUUGACCGGUUUGUCAUGGAAAUGGUAGAUCUACUUUUAUGUGAUAAUGUUAUCGUACGUGAAUGGGUGAUGGAUAUUCUUGGAACUGAUUUGUCUCCUGCUUUGUAUCCUAUCAUGUUUCGACAUUUGGAAACCAUACUUGGGAAAUGUUUUGGUUCUGAUGGUGAUCCUUUGUGCAGUCCUCGAUAUACUCUCUUUGUUGAACAAAACAUCAGUGUACUCAAGCUCGUCUUGGAUCGUAUGGAAGAGACAGUGGAUAGUUUAUUUACGGUGGACUUUGGUGGACUUAUUGAUCAGUAUGCGAAAUAUCUCAACAGGCUAGGGAGUAGUCAAAUGGCAUUAAAAAUGAAAAUUAGAUUCUGUCAUCUAUGUGAAGUAUUGAUGGCUAAAAAGGAUAGAAUUAGCAUUCGACAAGAAUUCCGACUACGAAACAAAUUACUUGAAAUCAUUGUGGAAUGGACUAGCGAUUUUUCCUUGAAUCCUGAUACUGGUGUUACAAUUUCUGCUAAUCGCGGUGAAAAGUAUCAUCGAGACUUGGAUUUAGCAUGUCUGAAAACAAUCGUUGGUCUUCUUCAACAACUACCUUUACAACCCUCCGAUUCAGUACAUGAAACUGACUCUACUCAAGUUAAAAGCAGGAUCUUUUACAAGUACUUCUCCUUCUUCCUCAAACUGUUGAACAGAUGCCGAUUAUCCGAGAUUGAAGCAGGAUCCCAACAUUCUCGAAGUCAAGAAGUGAUGAUGGUGAAUAAGAACAAGGAAAGUGCAACUUAUUUGGCCCCACUAAAGGAUUGUACUAUUUUGGCCAUGUCCAAUCUUUUAAGCGCGAAUGUGGAUGCUGGAUUGAAAUAUUCUCUAUCUAUGGGUUAUCAUGAAGAUACUCGAAUGCGAACUGCCUUUAUGCAAGUGUUAACAAAUAUUUUGAAUCAAGGAACCGAAUUUGAAACCCUGGCGGAAACGGUGAUGACUGAUCGUUAUGAAAAACUUGUUGAUAUGCUUGUCAAUUCCGAUCUGAAUAUCAGUCUCUCUUUAUGUGAUGUCUGUCCUGCUUCUGAUAUAGAUGAUGUGGCUAAUGUUCUAUUGGCAAGUUUCUCAUCCCGUGGAAAGACGAUGGUAUUGCUCAAGGCUGUCAUUGAAAAAGAAGUACAAAGCACAGAAAAUGAAACUGAACUCUUCCGACGUACAAGCAUUGCUACAAGAUUGUUAUCUGUUUUUGCCAAGACAAAUGGUGCAGAUUAUGUCCAAUCUGUUUUACAACCUGUCUUUCAUAAACUUGCCGAAAAACCAUCUGACGAACGAACCUAUGAACUGGAUUCCACCAAGGUUGGUCCCAACGAAGAUGUAUUGAAAAACAAGCAAAAUGUAGUCAAUUCAACUGAAAUGCUUCUCAAUGCAAUUUGUGCAUCUGCUGAUAAAGCACCAAGAUGUUUCCGUGAAGUUUGUCAUUGUAUCUUGGUCUCUGUUCGUGAACGAUUCCCUGAGGCCAAAUAUACCGCUGUUGGUGCCUUUAUCUUUUUACGAUUCUUCUGUCCUGCCAUUGUAUCUCCUGAAUCUGAAGGACUAAUCAAGCCUAUGACAACCGUGUCUCGUGAAAUGCGACGCGGACAUUUGAUAGCAACCAAAGUUAUUCAAAAUCUUGCAAAUAAUGUAUUAUUUGGUGCCAAGGAAACAUUUAUGAUUGUGCUCAAUGACUUUUUGACAAGUAACAUUUACAAAGUGACAAGCUUCCUUCGUGAAAUUUCUAUUGUCCCUACAAACACGACAAGUAUGGAUGAAGAAUUGGAGUCGCGACCUAUGGAUGAAAAAAGUUAUGCCAUGUUGCAUCGUGUACUUGCUGAUAAUAUGGAACGCAUCUCUCGAGAUCUUGCUGCUCGCCGAUUCCGACAUCAUGGGGAUCAAGAAUCAUUGACUGCCUGGAAACGACAACUCGACAAAUUCUCAAAUCUUCUUGCUCAACUUGGUCGACCACCUGAAAUUGCCAAACAAGAAUUUAAUGGAUUACGAAGUUAUACAUUUGCUGCCUCUAAUCAACUUUAUGCUGAAUUCAUGCGACGAAAUAGUCAUCGAAGUGUUGAACCCAUCGCCUCAAAAAAUAUCUUUUAUGAAGGUGGCACAUCGAAAGCUGGUCGUCGAGUAUACUACUUUGUUACUCGGAAUGUGACGAAUGAUAGUAUUGAUUUUGAAUUGUUGACAUAUUAUAUGUUACAGACAAUGGAACGUGCAACCAAUAAACCAUUUGAAAUAGUCAUCGAUCUUACUCUUUUCGGUCCUAGCAACGAAGUUUCCAACCAAUGGAUUAACCAAAUUUUACAACUUCUUCCAUUCGACGCAUUUGAAAAUGUAGGGGCCGUACAUUUAUACAAUCCUAACUCUUAUCUUCGAAAAUACAUCAAGAAACUGACUCGACCUAUCACCAACAAACUCAGUAAACGAACAACAUUUUCUGUGACUUUGGCCGAGUUACAUGAAUAUAUCCAUCCAUCUGAAGUACGACUUCCCAAAUCUACAACUGCACUUGACACUGAACCUAGUGCUGUCUUUUACCCUGUCAACAAGUUAUCUCAAUACAAACUCAAUAUCCCAGUGACUGUGAAGAUCAGUGCUGAAUAUGUUCAAAUCAUGACCGUACGCAAACAAGAACUUAUCUAUGGUGUUAGCAUGGUGACGAAUGAUGUCUAUCAUAUUUCAGAAAUCGAAGAUGUGACUUUGGGCAGAACGACUGACUCUUCAGCAAACGAGUUCAGUUUCAAGUACAACAAAGGCAAAUCUCAACUAGUUCUAUCGACUCCUAAACGAGAUGCUGUCGUUAGUACGAUUCGACAUAGUAAACGAAGAUAUGAAAUGGCAAAACCAACAAAUAUAUCAGAACGUAAUAUCCGACCCAAUGAUGUCCCUGGUAGACUAUUAAAUAUGGCUCUGUUGAAUAUUGGAAGUGAUGACCCCAACCUGCGACUGGCUGCGUAUAAUUUAUUAUACUCUCUUAGUAUGACCUUCAACUUUGAUGUUGGCAAACAAUUGCUUGAUGCAAGAGAUCUUUGUCUACCAGCAAAUAGUUCCGCCUUCAUUGUCAACAUUAGUGAAAAGAUUGCAGCAGCAGAACCAAAUUUGACCUUGGAAUUUCUCAGUGAAUGUUUUGUGGGUUUCAACAAAUCAAAUGAACCUUUACGAUACUUGUGUUUGGAUUAUAUGGUGCCUUGGUUACCCAAUCUCUCUUUAUUUUGUCACUCGGCUGGGGAUGAAAGCAAUCCAGAUUUGGUGAAAACAAAGGAUGUGAUACGAUUAUUGAUUGACUUGACUGUGGCUCGCACUGAUAUGUACAAAUUGGUUCAAGCAAAGAUUUGGAAAACGAUCGGGAAAAUUGAUGAUGUUUUAAACUUGGUAUUGGAUUCAUUUGUGCAAUUCUCCAAUGAACAUGGUGUUGGUUCCCCUCAAGCUGAAGCAAUGGCUGAUACAUUUGUAACUCUAUCUAAUGUAGCUGUUCGUGGCAAGGUGAUUUCUCGUCUUCGUAAGGUGCUUCAAAAGACUUCAUUCAAACCUACUCGCUCUCUUACAGAACACUGGACUUGGACUGAAAUCGCUGUCUUGGUGCGAUUUAUCUUGAUGUUGUCUUUCAACAACCGAGGUCCUGUCAAAAGCUAUGUACCUGAAAUCUUCCAUAUUGUCUCUCUAGUAGUUGGUGUUGGACCUACAAUCAUCCGUGCGUCUGUUCAUGGUCUUGUUGUCAAUAUGAUUCAAUCAUUAUGUACAUCUAUGCCUCUGCCUGAAGUGAAUGUCCAACGAUUGCAGCUACUUCUCACUGAAGUUUCUGAUUCCAAAGUACGACUCUUAUUCGGUUUGCACAAGUCUCAUGCCAACGCAUUCACCAUUACACCUGAUACAAUGAAUGAUGCUGCUGAACCUAUUCAAUUAUUGGCAUUAGAAUCUGUUAUCACUCAACUUCUUGAUGUCUUGAACUGGGGUGCGCCAUCAACUGAUAUGGCUAACGUUUGGCGUGCUCGAUGGAUGAGUUUGGUGGCAAGUACAGCAUUCCAAUUUAAUCCUGCUAUCCAACCUCGUGCAUUUGUUGUCCUAGGAUGUCUUGGUCGUGAAGAAGUCGAUGAUGAUUUAUUAUAUCAAAUUCUGGUAGCACUUCGUGGUGCGUUGGCAAUCUUUAAUGAAUCAGAUCCAAACUUGGUGUUGAGCAUCAUGAUGUGCUUGAAAAAUAUUGUGGAAAGCCUACCAUCUGAUUCUCGUUAUUUAUUACCACUGUUCUGGGUGGCUGUAUCCUUAGUACAAAUCAACAAUGGACCUACCUUUUGUAUGUCAGUGGAACUAUUAUUAGCUGUGGUACGAGCUUUGGAUGCGGAUGAAUUCUUUACCGGGGAUACAAUGACAGAUGUAUUACUGGCUGCUCGUGAACCGAUGGCAGAUGUUGCUCGUGAACUGGAUGAACUAUGUGGUGUCAAUUUUGAAACACAUUUCUCAUUUGCUAUGGCGGCCAUCUUUUUGAAGGGAAUGCGAUACAAUAAUGCCAAGGACACGAUCUAUCAAGCUCUUACGGCAUUUUUGGAUAUCGAAUGCAAGCAAGACACAACCGUGGUGGAAACACAAACAUUGGGUUACUUGACAAGUUUAUUACCAUUAGCAGUGAAGAAUGAAUCAUUACGGGAUGUGUUACGAUUGGCAGGACUGACGGAUGAUUUGACACAACUAGAUAACAAUAACAAUCGAUCAUACAGCGGAUUAUUUGACAAAUUGGACAUUCCUGAUGAUACCACCGCUCUCUUGUUGAUCUCCAUGAUGGCAACCUUACUCCAUUCUGCGGAAAGUGAACCUGAACGAUUAUUACUUUAUGGUUUCCUUGCUGAGGCUGCACUGUCAAUGCCUGAUGUGUUCCAUUUGGUAUAUGACUCUCUUUUACCCAAGAUGAAUCAAGUUGUACUUAGUAGUAACACGCAACCGAUCAUUGAAUCUGUCAAGACCAUAUUAUUGAUUGCUUGUUCUGAUUCUUCUUUCAACUCGGAAAAAACAUCCCCCAUGAAAACACAACAAGAAUUGUUGAAAGACAUUGGUUUUUCUGCCUUGGCUGAACCUGGAUUUGGUGCUUCCUCAACAAAUGUCAUGCAACAUUCAAAAUUGGCCAGUGAAGUGAUUGAAAGAAUUAUAGCGUAGAAUACCAUGGAUUUAUUUAAUUUAUUAUAAUUUUUAUUUCUUUCUUUGUUACCACUCUCCAUCGUAGUUUGCUAUGGUGAUGAUAGCUUUCUUUUUUUUUUGUAUUAUUAUUAUUAUUCCUUUUUUUUUCUUUCUUUAGUAUUGUAGUCUUUUUUUAUUUAUUUAUUUAUUUAUUUUAUUAUUAUUAUUCUCUCAUGUCCUUACCCC